CUCUAAAAGCGAUCUGAACGUCAUAAACUCUGAAUUAUUAAAGAGACAUAUACUCUUAUUUAUAUUAAUCAAAUUCAAAACUGAUUUUCGGUCGAACAUAAUGUUCAUGGAAAAUUGAAUUUAAUCACUCUCAGAGCAAUCAAACCUUGCUUAGUUGGAAAACAGUAUAAAACGAACAAAGUCGAGAUCUCAUAUACGCAUGGAUCAGCCGAGAGGAUCAACUAUAGUGUAAGAGUGAGCAGGAGGAAAAUUAUUGUAUUCGAGAGUCUCUCUCCCUCUCUCUCUUGUUCUCUCUCUCUCUCUCUCUCUCUCUUUUCUCUCCCUACGAACGGCGACAUUUAAAAUCUCACUGCCGCUCGUCGCCGGAUGGCAGUGUCCGUCUGCGCAGCAGCGCGUUGCGUUAGCUCGAGGCGAGGCUGAGAAUUCCGGUGGGUGGCGAUCGCGUUAACCGAAGCCCCGCAAAGUCGGGCGAGGGAGCGCUCGGAUAAGGAGUCGCGAGUGUUCUUGGGGAAAGAAGAGGGAAAAAACGAGAGAGAUAAAAACAUUUGUGCGAUAAACUCGACGUUUUUUUCCCCAUUCGUCAACGUAAAUUUCGCCCUCUGUUCGUUUUCUCGCCCCUGCGAAAGAUGGCCCCGUCAUGCUUCGAGGUGAUCCUCGUCGGCUUCAUCCUCGUGCUGCCGUUCCUCUACGAGACCAGCCGCACCUUCCGCUAUUACUUCAAGUUUCUCGUCUAUUAUGGCAUCGUGAUGAUGAACGCUGUGCUCCUCAUGCCUGUCAUCUCGCUCCGGCCUGGCAACGUUAAGAAUUUUCUAUUGGCAUCGUCGCUGUGCCAUCACGUUAGUACUCUGCUGGGAUUGCGAUGGGAGCUCAGAGGCAGAGAACAUCUGGAGAAGGACAGGGCAUGCAUAAUCGUGGCGAAUCAUCAGAGCUCAUUAGAUAUACUGGGGAUGUUCGAUCUGUGGCCGGUGAUGGACAAAUGCACUGUCGUCGCCAAAAAGGAAAUCUUCUAUGCGGGGCCAGUCGGCCUCUGCGCAUGGCUGUGCGGUUUAAUUUUCAUCGACAGAAUGAAUUCCGAGAAAGCGCGAUCCGUGCUAAACAACGCUACGAAGGAGAUCACAGAUAAGAAGAUCAAGCUGUGGAUAUUUCCCGAAGGCACCAGACACAACACCGGUGAAAUACAUCCUUUCAAGAAAGGUGCUUUCCAUGUCGCAAUCAGAUCACAAUUGCCAAUACUACCAGUUGUAUUUUCCUCCUAUUAUUUUUUGUCCGCGGAAGAGAAGAGAUUUGACUCUGGACACGUUCUCAUAACAACAUUGCCACCUAUUUCCACGGAGGGACUCAGUACGAACGAUGUGGAGGAAUUGUUGGAGAAAACACGAAACGCCAUGAGUGAGGUGUUUCAUGCGAUGAAUCGCGAGAUCCAGCUAUCCCUCGCUGCCGGGAAAUGAGAGAGAGAAUAAGCAGAUACUCUUUUACAAGAAUAGCGAAUAAAUAAGCCUCCGCGCGGGAACCAAAGACUAAAUAUCUGCUUAACGUUCUCUUAUGAUAUUAAUUUAAUUUAUAUUUUAACAUCUCUCCAGAGUGAAGAUAGAUAGCGUUAAAUUUUAUAUACACAAUGUAUACAUUGUAAAUUCUUCAUUCCUUAUUCUUCUUUAUAAAUUUAUUAAUCUAUUUUUAGCUAUGCGAGUCGCGCAAAAAUCUAGACGGCUUUUUCUGUAAUUCUUUCGUUCAUCUAGCUAGUUACCGAAUUUUAUCAUUGAUGUACAAAUAUCAUUCGCGAUACGUGAAAAUUUAUAUAUGACUUUCUUAUCAUAGAAUGAACAAGAAAUUGUUUCAAUUUGACAUGCAACUCAAAACCAAGAAAAAAAUGUACAAGUGGUGAAAUACGUAUAAAACUGAGCAGCAAAGUUAUAUGCUGAAAAAUUAUAAAUAUCAUUCUUAAUUAAUUAGAUAUAAGUUUGAAAAACAGCGUAUGUAAACUAUACAGUACUCUUUAUCAUACACGAAAUAGAAAGAAAAAAAGAAAACAUUUAACAUGAUUUUUCGUGGAGUUACGAAUUGUAAAUAUGAUUCAUUAGAAUGCAUUUUGUAAAUUGUGGGAACAUUGUUAGCGUUUAUACGUAACAGAUUUCACUAAAUUAUAUUAGAUAUAUUUUGUUAUAUAUACAUAUAAGGUACGCUUGUACAUUUCUACUUGUCUGUUUUAUGCUUCCACUUGUCUAUACAGAUAUUUUCUGUGUGAAUGAAGAUAUAUAUAACUAUAAUUACAGAGUUACAGAAGAGCAUUUUAAUUUUAAAUAUUUAGAAAACUUUUUACACAUUAUUGUUUAGGCGAUUUUCUGAAUAUACAUUUAAUUGUAAAACUUAAUUGUAUCGAUUGUUGAUUUAUUUAUUUUUUAGUAAAUUAUAAAAUCGAAAUAAAAUAAGAGAAAUAAUAUUAACUAGAGUAAUAUUAAAUUGAAGCAUACAUUAUAGUCGCAUCGUACUGCAGUGUACAUACAUUUCCACUUAUUGUUAGUGAUUGCGACGAAAGAUUGAUCGUGAUUGAUUGUGAACAUUUUUUAGAUAUUAAAUUUAAUUUCCGGGCAUUUCUUAAAUGUGUUUGUAUGUUUAUGUAUAUCUAUUGUAUUUAAUUAGCAUGUUCGUCCCUGUUUUCUAUAAUUUGGAUCAAAUGUCCUAUGUAAAGUCAAUGCUUUCUUUUAUAUUAUUUCCUCAAAUCAAGAGAACUGUCUUCAGUUUAUAAUAUAAUUGACAUGAUGCUUUAUUAUUAACUUGCAAUCUAUAAAAAGAAUAUUUUAUUUAAUAUGUUAGUUGCUGAAAAAGAAAACAAACUAGUUAAAAAAGCAUAGCGUCAACUACGCUUUUAUUUUUCUUCCGAAAUUAUCGCUAUCGAGAUUAAUCCGGUAUAAUCUUUAAUAGCACAUAUACACAUAUACUAUUAAAGAUUAUAUAUUCUAUUCUUCAUAUGUCUUUUGCGUUCUCUAAUAUUGUACAAUAUAAAAACAAAAUAGACUUGAUAUAGAAUUAUAAACGCUUAUUCACAGCCAUAAAAUCAUCUCUAAUCCAAGUAUUGCGAAUAAUAUGAUCGUUUAAUUAAUGACAUGACGUAUUGUGAUAUUACGUUUAUUUUUUCUAUGUCAAACAUCAAUCUUUUCAUAAGCUAUAAUGAUAGCUACAUAAUUUAAACAAUAACAUGCUAGAAAACUUAAUGUUUGUUUAAUCAUUAAAUGAUCCAUUGCAUUGAUUUUGAUAGCUUCCUAUAAUCUUUAUGAAUCAAGAUAAGAAGAUUUCUAAAUCACAGAUAGAAGAUUUCUAAAAUGUAUCAUACAGAUAUAGAUAUUUCGAGAUAUCGAUUAUCUCUAUGAUUUGUCAAAUAUUCUACAAUAUGAUUAUUAAUCCAAUUGUACUAUAUAACUUAAAAAAUAUCACAUAUAAGAAAAAACAAUUUAUGUAGAAAAAUUGACAUAAGCCAAGUUUUAAUAAUUGCUAAAGUGACAUAAUAUGAAAAUUUAUAUAAUGAAACAUGUAUCUUUUAAGUGCUAUCUAUAGAUUUUCUAAGAUACACUUCUGUUAUUGCAGCUAUAUGUUACUGUAUUAUGACAUUUAUUUUAUUAUUAUGAUUAUAAGCUCUGCAAAAUUGCGCAAAUAUUUUUAUACCAUGAUCAAAAUGAAUUGAAUCUAACAGUCAUAGCAAAAAUUAUAUUUAAUCUCAUUUAUUGGAUAUUUCUUGGUCAAAAACCGACACGUUUUGAUAAUAACUAACUAAUAAUAAUAUUCAUACACGAAAGGAUCGCGAGGAAUGUAAUUUUUAUUGAGAAUACCUGGAAUUUCUAAAAUUCGUGUUUUUCGAUCACAUUAGGUAUAAUCGUGUAAUUAUAUGAAAUACUUUCGUGUUAAUAUUAUCUUCCUUAUAAACGAAAAAACGCACAAUUUUCGAACAAACGCAUUAACGCUGCGUUUAAUGUACGAUUUCUAAUAUAAUCGAAUAAUAUUUCGUGCAUGAACAAAUAGAAAUUUGGAGUAAAGUUUUUGUGAUUUGAGGAAACAUCUACUUUUUUUCAUAUUUACAAAUAUAUUAUCAACAUUUAUCCUUCUUCUGGAAAAUAAAAUAGAUUUUAUUAUUAUAUAAGUUUCUUAUCAACGUGUCGUUUAAUUAUGAAAAUAAUUGAUCAUAAAUACGUAAAUAGUAUUUGAGUCAUUAAAAAAAAUAUAUAUAUAUAUAUAUAUCUUUGAACAAUGUUUUAUUUAACAAGAAUAUCUGUACAUCAAAGUCAUUUAUCAUCUCGAUGGCAAUGUGCAAAGAACAAUUGUGUCACAUGAUAAUUUAUAUAACUAAUACAUCAUUCCAUUCUUACUUCAAUAUAGAUAGAAUUAUAGAUAUAUAAUUCGUUGAACCUCGUUUGUGUUGUUAUUAUAUUUAAUAUUCGCUUUAAUCGAUCAAUUAAUUUUAUAUCAUGACAAAUACAUCAAGUAUAAAACUCUUUAGAAUAAGAAAUAAUAAGUCAUGCUACCUUUACAUAUUAUUUUAUGUUCUUCCACGAAAUAAUCAAUCAAUGCAAUUGAUACAUUUGCAUUUAAAAAAAUUUUAAUCUAUAUCAUAUGCAUUUUUUAUUUAUCUGUAAAACAAGAGCCACACUAAUCAAGUUUAUUGAUUAUUUUGUGUACAUUAUAUCAAUUAUAUAAAUAAUUGCAAUGUAAAUUAAGAAACGGUUUGCAAAAUGCAAGAGCAGAUAAAUAAAGAUACUUGAUUUUA